CCGGCCCCAGUGAGAAUAUACAGAUGCAUUUGUCAAAUGAUCCCGAGGCGAGAUAUUUUCCAUCACAACUCCAACCAACACUGUGUACUUUAGCUGAAUGCGUUUGUUGUUCUCGAAUUUUAUUAUGUGACUUGAAAUAGUUUAUCAAUUCUUCGACUCGAUUAUUUGUACCUGCCAUUGCAGACGCUCUUCGCUCUCUCUCAUCACACGCCGUUGUCCGGAGGAUAUUUAGGUUAUAUUUAUUUACACACAAUAAGAUGCUCUUAUGGCUUAUAUAUGAAAAUGAAUUUUAAGGUUGGAGCAGAGUGUAAUGGCGCCAAUUUUCCGAGAAAUCGUUUUGCUAAUAGUUCGACAAGUGGCUUUUUAAUUUUUCAGUUUCUGUGUAUCAUAUGGAGAAGCCAGAUGUUGUUGAACAUUUUUUUGGCGUUUAUUUACUCUAUUGUGAGAAUCCUAAAUAUAAGGGGAGAGUCUACAUUGGAUAUACAGUGGAUCCUGUGAGGAGAUUGAAGAGACACAAUGCUGGAAAAAAAUUUGGAGGUGCAUGGAAGACUAGCAAUAAAGGACCAUGGAAUAUGGUACUGAUUGUCCAUGGAUUCCCCAAUUCCACCAGUGCCUUGAGAUUCGAAUGGGCAUGGCAACAUCCUCAACUGAGUCGUCGUCUACGUCACGUCCCAAAGAAAAAAUCAAGAGAAAAGACAUUCGAGUACACCCUGAAUGUAUUAUCUGCGAUGCUCCAGGUGGGACCGUGGUGUCGCCUACCCCUAACCCUUCGUUGGUUGGAUGAUGUAUUCGCUGAAGCUCACUCCUCGAAAAUAUUACCUCCGAUGCACAUGCCCAUCAGUUAUGGCAAAGUAACAUCACGCAAACACGAUCGAAAACAAAAUGACAAUAAUAAAAAAGAGGGAGAAGUAAUUGAAGAUUCUGAACUUUCCAUCUGCGAUAUUUGCUACAUGACAUUGAAUAAGACUGAUAAAGUAAUGUGCGUCAAAGCAGAUUGUGAUCUAAUAGCGCAUAUCAUUUGUUUAGCUAAAGAAUUCAUUAAGGAUGAUAAGAUUCUCCCGGUCGAUGGAACUUGUCCAACUUGCAAGAGUAAUCUACUAUGGGGAGACGUAAUAAGAAAAAAAAUUGGCUGUAAUAUACAUCUGAAUGAAAAUUAUCCAGACUCUACCGAUGAUGAUUCAGAUUAAUCGAGUCAUUUGUUUUUGGCUCUGAGAAUUAGUACUAUCUAUCUAUUUGAAUGACGCGCCGACAGCUCAUUCAUUCCGGAAAUCAUG